CCUGAAAUACAAUAGCGAAUUCGCCUGACGAAGAAGUCAAUCUAUUUUAAUCAGUUUCCAUGAAAAGUUGUGAAAUGAUGUUUUUGAGAAAAGUCCGUUGGUCGUUGUUGGAUGGUGUAUAAACUCCAGACGGUUCUUGGGCAGCAGAGAAUCGAGAUUGUCUGCAAUCAGUUGUUAGCUUCAGCAAUAAUGGAUACUUUUGGAUGAGUCACGGUUAUUGCGAUUUGAUAUUAUACGCUCAUCCAGUUACCAGUCAUGCCAAGCCCUCCGGAAUAUUUUGCUGAAGCUCGAGAAGAGUUCGGGAAGUUGCAACCCGAAUCCGAACUCGAUAUAAAAAAUGCAGAAUCAAUUGGGAAAGCUUUUCAACGCUUGGAAGAAACCCUUCCCGCUCAAACCUCUGAACAGGGAACAUGUUAUCAUUGCUCGGAAGAGACAAAGGUAAUAAAUACUUCGAUGCUGAAACGAGGACAACACAUAACGGUUCCCGGAGAGAAAACACUCGAAAUAACGAAUAAAAUAAGAACGGUUAUUCCAAAUUUCCCUUUUUUGUAUAAGCACCAUGCCAUCAUAGCAAAAGUAAAUGACGAGAAUCGGUAUAAGGUGCGCUUAGAGAUAAUACAAGUCGAUAAAUCGGAUACGCAUCACGUUACGAAAGACGAAGUUUAUUAUGACCUGAGGUACGAUGACAUAUGGAUUGUAAACUAUUUAAGAGUUCAACUUUCAAGUGAAGAAGUUGCACAAGCGGCUGAAAAAGCAUUUGAUGAUGGGGUGCCGUGUAGAUACCAGCUAUUUACAAGAAAUUGUGAGCAUUUUGCAACAUCCUGUGUAUUAGGCAGAGAACACAGCUUACAAGUGGAGGAGAUUUUUAACACCGCAGAACGAUUUGCAAACAAUCUACAAGUACCAGGAGGUCGUUUAGUAGCCAAAAUAGUAGCUAAAGUCAUUUCAGAGUUUCUGGACGAAAUUGCCUUAGGUGUAACGGCAUCAAAAUAUAUUGCUGGAAUUGUCCUUGGAAUGACAUCUGUAGCAACGUUGCUGUAUUCUGUUGCUAUGACGAUGUACUACCGAAAGCUGUACGAAAACUCAGACAUGUGUCCUUGUUGCUUCCGCAGGAAGGUGACGGAUGUGUGGCUCUGUUUUGCGGUGUUUGCCUCAACAUCUGCUGUUACGUUCUGCAUGCUUAACCUAGCUAUCCCACUUGCUACAGUGGUUACCAGUGGAUUUACUGUCGUUGUGAUACUUCUGUCACUGUACACUCAAUGGAAAAUGCCGAAGAUCGUGCGGGCAAUAUCGAGUCCAUUUAAAAUCAUUGGCAAACAAGUGGAGGGUUUAGCAGACAUAAAUCCAGGAGACGUUGUGUCGUUCAACCAUUUGGACACAUUUUCUCUAGAAGAAACAGUUAGACGUGUCAGGAUGAGAAUAAACGAAACCAAAUGGGGACCGGUGGUAAACAGAUCUGAUCACUUGUGCUACUGGGCAAAAGUGCGACAGUAUCAACCGAUUGACGAAAAUGCCCACAGUAAUCUACCAGCCGAUUUAAUGAUAGGAACAACUCAAAUACAUCUUGAUGAAGAUAUUCAGAUCGGAGGCCAUGCAUUUCUAGCGGACACUGAUGGAACUCCUCGCUCAUUUACCAUUCAACCUGUCAACCCUCAUGUGCGAUUAAGCACGACCAACGCAAUUCCCAUGGAACUUGAUUACAUAAUCGAUAUCGAAAGUGGCGGUAAAACCCACGUGCACCUCGUGCAGGACCUGAAACAGGGUAUCCCACCGGCGUAUAUACAACACCAAGAUGGAACGCUGUCACAGCAGCUCUUGCAACAUCAGAAUGUUACGUUUUACUCUGACGCGAAUGGUCAUGCUGCUGCAGCCUGCAGACUUUCGUCGGACGGUCAAGUGAUUCUUUCAAACGUCGUGGUUCAGACUUCCGGUGAGACAUGCGUACUGGGAGAGACUUCGGGUUAUGCGGACUGCAUCCCGGAAAACGGAUACAACAUCACAGCUGAGCAAAGCGAAGGGCCUCCAACCGGCGAGCGUUACAGAAGACAAACCUCCAUCGAGAAAUACGUAGAGGUGGCCUUUCUCCUUGACGCAAAAAUCACAAGCAUAUUUUAUGCUCGACAUCCGGGUAAUACCUCGGCGGCCGAAUCGGAGAUGGUGGUUGUUUACACAUUGAUUGCAAAUGAGAUGAAUGUGAUAUUUUCGUCCAUCAAGAGCGCAUCCGGAGGGCUCCUAGAUUUAUACGUGUAUCCUUCCGCUGUCAUAUAUCCGGGGUACCAGUUUAAUUACCCCUGGUCUGAGUAUUACAACGACGGUACAAACCUUAACUUCGGGUCGGGUGCUUAUAACAAUCUGUUGUUUGUCGUCAACAGUGGGAUCACGACACAGCAAUGGGACUUUGCCAUAGCAGUUACCGGGUUUCGUGUCAACAAACUGUUCGGGUCAACACAGGGGUUUACUAAAGGAUUCACGUUUCAAAGCGUAGUAUGUACGGCAAGCAACACUCGUUACGCCCUGAUGGAGUACCGGGAGACGAACCCCGCACGCAUAGCGAGCCAUCUAUUGGGACAUGCGAUAGGAGCAGUGCAUGAUGGUGACGGCAACGCAUGCGCAGACAAUGUAUUUGUCAUGGCAACAUCGUAUUUUGCCGCCACGUCGUCUACCGCUACAACUUUCCUCAGAUUUUCCAGCUGCAGCGCUUUAGCCAUUAACUCUUAUAUUCAGUCCCAGGUGGACUGUACGGGGAGCGGUAAUGGAUUUACGGACGAGGAGUUUUUAGAGUUCUACUGCGGCGGACUUCCGGGAGAGUACACUGCCUCCCUCGACCUGCAGUGUCAGAGUUAUACACACAACUACAACAGUGUGGCUUGUGAUAACGCGACACCAGUUAGUUGCUACCAAGCCGGAGAAGUGCGAUGCACCAACAGCUGGGGAACCUGCGCUCAGACACUCGACUUUGUGUGGGCAGGCACGCCUUGUGAUCACGAAAAGAUUUGCUAUCAAGGUCAUUGUGUAGACAAGUUUUCCCUUUGUACAACGACAUCAACCACUUCGACUACCACAUCGACAACUUCAACUACAACUUCCACAACUUCGACUAGUACUUCGACAACUUCAACAACGACAUCAACAACUUCGACUUCUACUUCGACAACUUCGACAACCACUUCCACAACUUCCACAACCACAUCAACAACUUCAACUACUACUUCAACAAGUUCGACUUCUACUUCGACAACUUCGACAACCACUUCUACAACUUCCUCUACAACAUCCACAACUUCAACUUCAUCUACAACAUCCACAACGUCAACUUCUACAACUUCGACUACAACAUCAACAACUUCAACUACAACAUCAACAACUUCGACUACAACAUCCACUACAACUUCCACAACAUCGACUACAACAUCGACUACUUCAACCACAACAUCCACAACUACUACUACGACAUCAACAACUUCGACUACAACAUCAACUACUUCUUCAACAACAUCCACAACUUCGACUUCGACAUCAACAACUUCCACUUCUACAUCGACAACUUCAACUACAACAUCAACAACUUCCACUACGACAUCGACAACGACGUCAACAACUUCUACUACGACAUCAACAACUUCAACUACAACAUCAACAACUUCCACUGCGACAUCGACAACUUCUACUACGACAUCGACAACUUCAACUACAACGUCAACAACUUCAACUACAACAUCGACUACUCCCACUACGACAUCGACAACGACGUCAACAACUUCUACUACGACAUCGACUACUUCAACCACAACAUCCACAACUACUACUACGACAUCAACAACUUCGACAACAACAUCAACUACUUCUUCAACAACAUCCACAACUUCGACUACGACAUCAACAACUUCCACUACUACAUCAACUACUUCAACAACGACAUCAACAACUUCUACUACGACAUCGACAACUUCAACUACAACAUCAACAACUUCCACUACGACAUCGACAACGACGUCAACAACUUCUACUACGACAUCAACAACUUCAACUACAACAUCAACAACUUCCACUACGACAUCGACAACUUCUACUACGACAUCGACAACUUCAACUACAACGUCAACAACUUCAACUACAACAUCGACUACUCCCACUACAACAUCGACUAUGAUAUCAACAACGACAACAGAAGUGCCACUUGCACCGUGCAAUUGCUGUUUCUUUCUCCCUGACAAGGUUAAAAAGAGAAAGUGUUGUGCACGAAAGAGGAAGAAGUUCAAGGCGGACUGUUAUUGUUGUGGUUCGUUGAGGGGUGUUUUUCCCCAAGUAGGGUUUAAAGCUUAA